CUGGACACGGCUUCUUUCUGGCCCGCCAAGUCCGGUGUGAGCUGCACUUGAGUCUCAGCAGUGUACCUAAACGGGAGAAAUCACUGCCUGGUCCACCUGAAAGUAAACUAAAAUGGACUGAAGCAUCCUGCCACUCAUCUCCCAUGGAUAAUCUUCAGGGUAUGUGUUCCUGCCCUGAGGGAGGUAGGGUGGAAGAUUUUGCCCAUUUGCUGCAGGACUGCCGCCACAAACUGACAUUCCUACAGGAGAAACUGUCAGCCACACACAUCAUCAGUGUAGAGGCUCUGGAGGCUUUGCUACAACAAAUAGCAAACAUAGACAAAGGUCUUGCGCAACUUGUCACAUUUAAGGACACAAUCUGCAGCAGCUGCACGUCUGAAUCCAAAGCCGGGCUGCACCAGCCAGGCAGUCCACUCCAAAGCCACAAGAUGGCGCAGGAUCCUAGCAGCCAGUGUAAACAACUCUGCUGUGGGAUGCAGGACUGUUAUGCAAGGUUGCGAGUAUUGUCCUCAGGCGUUUCAAACCUGCAGAAGACUGCACAGUCCAGAAUACAAGAAGUGCUUCCAGCAGAUGUCACCAUGACUAUCCAAGCAAUCAAUAAAGACAUUGACAGACUGAGGUCCAUUUUUCAGAAAGUGAACUGUGUUGACAACAUAACUAAUGUGGGGAAGAAACUCAGGAGCCAAACAGUUCAAUCAGAACCAUCUCUGGCUGAAAAGGACCUCCAGCACACUGAAGAAACUGUAGACAAAGAUGCCGGCGUACCUCAGACAUUAGACGAGCCUGUUGGUUCCGAAUCAAACCUGUCUCCAGAAACCUCCUCAAGAUUUUUCAACACUGAAAUGUGGGAGUCCAAAACUACAUAUGGCAAAUUACCACAAUACCCAGAAACCCAUGAAAAGACACACGCUGUGGCCUCCGAGUCAUGUGACCUCAUCAAUGACACAUUUCCGGAUGCCAAACAAGAAGACAUUACAGAUAAAAGUCACCCUGAGGCACAAACACGGCAGAAUAAGCAUUUGAUUCCAACGAGAUGGACUGAUUACACGAUGGCCGAUGUGCGAGAUUUACUGUCAUUGGAGGACGCAGAGGGGAUGCAAAUCGGAGAAGACAUGGAGCAUGAGAGGUCAGAAGAGCUGGCAGCCGACCAAGAGAGGGCGUGUGAAUCACCUGGACUGCCGUCAUAUAGACGCAGAUCUACCAUGCAGGACAUUUUGUCUCAGAUCCAGAGCAUGAUAGAAAAAAGCAACAUUGUAAAUAGGACAAUAUACAUGGAUUUAAAUUGGUGCCUUCAGUCGUCACCCAGUGAAGCGGAGAUCAGAAUGGUCAGAACAGUCCAAAAGAUUUUACUAUGUCGCUAUCAUCCAGCACAUCUGGAUAUCUCAGCCAUGGCUAAACAGCUGGAGGAGGCAGAGGACUACAAGCGUUGCGUGAUGGACCAAGUUGCCAUGAUGAAAACCAGUUUAUCUCAGCUUUGUGGUCCAAAUGUUUUGAAAAGGCUGGAAGCCCAAUGGAGUACCGCGCUUCUGGAUGCCUCUGCUACAGUUCAAGUCAAAACGGCACAACUGGAUCAGGUCAAACAGUAUCACAAUCAGCUGAAAAAAACCAAAGCAUUCCUGGAGGCCGUAGCAGCUCAGAAGAACAAAAUGAACUUACAUACGUUGGGAAGCAGCAGUCUACAAGCUGAAAAACUCAACACCCUGCUACAAUCUCUGGAGCAUCGCGAAGAAAUGUGGCAGGAGCUUCUUGCAUUGAGUAGCCACUUAGCCGUGCAUUUGAGUGAUGCUGAAAGUUCCGGUGCUCUUCUCGCUCAGCUCGGAGAUGUCCAGGAUGAUUGGAGGCUUUUGAAAGGAGAUAUCAAGAGAGCCUCAUGGCACGCCGCUAACGCUGCAUCACAAUCCUCCCUUCUUAUGAAGGAGGCUAAACAGCUUAAGGACAAAAUUGGAGCUAUCCAAGACUCCAUGCUGUGCCAUGACAACAAAAGCACAUUUGAAUUGAUGUGUCUGAGCACAAACUUAAAAAUGUGCAACCAGCUGCAUGUUCAUUUACAGUCCAUGUCAGAUUCUCUUUUCCAGUUCUCUCUGGGACAAAAAGAGAAGUAUGGCAUCAAACAUUACCUGGAAGAGUUAGGGGCCUUACUGAGAACCACCUCCUCCAUUUGUGGUCCCGAUGCUGUUUUUGUAGCUGAGAAGCAGUCCCAAGACUGGAUCACAUGGGCAAAGCAAAUGGAAUACCAUAUUUUGAUUUGCAAGAAGUUGUCCCUUUUCCCAGAAGAAGCUCGUAUUCAGAUUGCUGAGAUGGAGAAAUAUCGGACUGAUAUAAUGACCAGAAGGUCUAACAUGAAGCUUGGGGAAGCUUCUGACAUGGAUAAUGAGGAUCAAAUGUUGAAUGCAGUAGAAGAUCUGUAUGAAGUCAUCACUGAAAGCUUGGAUCAUGUUCUCCACACAAUGACAGCAAAUCUACAGGAAAGGGAGAAACUAUUAUUCCAACUUGAUAGCAUGGAUGCAUGGCUAAAAGAAAGAAGUGCUAAUAGAGACCCUUGUGCUCAUGUCGAAAACGUCUUAAGAGUUGACAUCAGCUCACUUGAGAGCAAGCUAGAAAGUCACCAAGUAGCUGCUGAUGAUAUAAAAAAACAUCUAACCAUGGUUGAGGCUUUGGGGAAAAGAUGCAAGGAAGUAGCAGAAGGCCUAACCCCUGGGGAGAGCCGCUACCUUGUCAACCGGCUCUCUGGCAUCUGGACGGAAUUAGAUGGCUUGCUGGCACAAGAGACUGCAACCAGCUGGCAUUUGGAGGAGCUGAUUCAUGAGCGUACCUCUUCUGAUGAGGAACUAGCGACCAUUAAGGAUAGUCUGAAGAACAUAACCUCUUGUUUGGACCAGCAGAGGUUCCCUGUGACACAGGAAACACCCUCAACAAUUACCAUUCUGAAGCACAUGCUCAUGGAGCACCAGUGUCAAGUACAGGAGAUUCAACACUGCAAGGAGGUGCAGCGUAGCUCUCUGCUGUGCACCAUUGGAGAACUGCAAGACAGGUGCAAAGUUCUUAGUAUUCACAUCUCUGAGCUAGACAAGUAUGUGCACCUGAAGAAACAAAUGGAGGAUUCAAGGGACAUUGGAAAAGAGCAAAUCCAGCAGGCCACAAAUAGAACUUUAAGUUUGGGUGAGCGGUUCGGAGUGUGCCAGGUACUCUUAGUUGAGCUCCCAAUGAUGAAGACACAGUGUCAAGAAGCAGCAGACCAACUGGAGGUGAUCGCUCAAGAGCUUUACCCAACAGAGCUGAAUUCAGAAAGGCGAUUCAUUCGCUGCACUGUGGAGAUGUUCAUUGCUUGGGAGCGCGCUGCCACAGAUGAGAUAAAACAUCUAGAAUGCAAGCUUCUUCUGGGUUUGCGCUUUUCCUCCGAGCUUUCUGCUUUAAUGGAGUUUUUUCAAAGAACAACAAAGGAGCUGCAAGGCACUGAACCAGUCAGUCCAGACGAAAAAGCCAUUGAUGUUGCGCUACUAAGGCGUUGGGUUAUCUGGAGAAACAUGGAGUCUGGGAUGCGAGUGUUGCUUGUUCUGGCUUGGAAAGUGAAAAUCAACCUAAAAAGUCACAGUGAUCUGCAGUUACUUCAAGAUGCUGCCAUGCAGAAAUGUCACAUACAGAUGGAAAGUUUGUCCAAGGCGCGAGAGUCCUUAAAGGAUUACCAGUGGGCUGCUCAAGGAGCGAUUCGCUUCCUUCAUAAUGCUGAGAUUACGUUUUUAUCAGCUCCUGGUGGAUUUCUGGACUGUGCAGAGGAACAACAUCAGACUCAGCAGGCCAUUGAAGCCCUCGAAGAUGGAUUUCAAGCUCACAUCCAGCACCUUGUUGAACUGGUGCCCCAACAACCCUGCCUUUCUUGUGCAAAGACUGAGGAUCUGCACAUCAGCAUCGUCAGCCAGUUGUUGGUGGGACGGGCCAUACUGGAGGCUCAAGCUCAGCUCAGACUGGAUUCCUUGCAGAGAUGUGAACUUCGACAACAAAGCCAUAGGGUUUGCCAUUUAGACAUACAACAUCAUCUUACUGGUUUUGAAGCACAGCUCUCCGAAUGUGCUUCAGAGGAAGUGACCUCAUAUGAUAAAUGUGCUGCACAACACAAAAGAGCUAAGGGUCUGAUGGAAGUUGUUCGUGAGCUUGCUGGAAGGAUCGAAGAACUCCGAUCUAGAUGUCCCAUGCAGGGUUGUGGAGUUGGAAAGGAUGGUGAACUCGGUGCCCUGUGGAGGCGCUGGGUAUCACUGAGGCAUGGUGUUGGCCUGCUCAUGGCACAAACAGAUCAGAGAGUUGAGGAAUGGAAAGACAUCACAACUAGUGUGGAGCAGUGUUGCAGCACACUGUCUACACUCCAGGUCAAAGUUCCUGACUCCUCCACUGCAAUCUUCACCCAAGAUGAACUCCGGAAGCUUCUAGUCCAGGCAGAGCAGCAACAGGUUGGUCUGGAACAAGAGCGUCAGGCUUUGGCCUCCCUGGAGCACAGACUGGAGCACGCUUUAAGCUUAACCACCUCCAAAGAGCCCUGUAGACUACCUGGACCUUUUGGAGAAACGCUUGUGAAGAUUCAAGAAAAUAUCACACGUUUGAAGGAAAGGAACCUCAGUGUGAUAGCUGUUGCCCAGAUGGAAGAGAAAGAGAGACAACAGGUUGUGGAGAAGAUAGGAAAGGUGGAGAAGAGCUUGUUCACCAUUAUCACCGUGCUGGACACCAACAGGACUUCACAACAACACGAGGAGCUGAGAAAAGACCUGUCUGCUCAGAAGACCAAGCUAAAGUGCAUUGAGGACAGUGUGCGGCAGCAAUAUACUGACAUUCCUUGUGAUAUUGGCAAGCGCAUAGAAACCGUUCAGGAGUCUGUGCAGGCAGCUGAAAAGAAGAUAACAGAGCAGAGCCCUGCAGUUAGAAAACUGGCUUGUCAAAUGGCAGAGUUGACUAGUGGCCUGGACCAAGUGAAGACAUCACUGGAGCAAUUUAGUUCCACUGUCACUGAGGCUCAGAAUGAUCUAAAACACGUGUGGGACAAGUUGGACUCAUGUCACAGUCGCUUGAUGCUGCUGGAGAGUGAGGUGCAGGAUCUCGUUGAGGAGCAGCCAGACCAAGCGCAUAUCUUCAUGGACCAGCUGACACAUCCACAGCAGCUCUACCAAGAUGCGGCACAGAUGGCAGAGCAGCGCACUGCUUUCUUCAACAAGAUUCCCACCUUUCUGCAAGAGUAUGAAAACCUUCUGUGCAGCGCCACCUGUUGGUUAGAUGAGGCCCAGGCAUGGCUAAGUACUCCCUGCUCUGUUUUGACAGCCAGAGGCUUCCAGAAUCAUGCAAACUCCCUGCAGUUGGUCUUGGAUGAUUCUGCAAGAAUCAGAAGCACUCUGAAAGAUUACAGACCAGUGUUAGCUGAGAUCUCCGCCGUGUGUGACCUCAGUGCACAGGAGGAACGUAUGGAUAGCAUGGACAAACAAGUUCAAAAGAUGCAAAAGAACAUUUUGGAGACACAGGAGCAGCUCCUGCAAGCUGCUGGGAUAGUGGAAGCCUUGGAAGAUGAGCUAAAGACUCUGGACGAAAAUGUCCCAAAAAUUCGUACUAUUUUAUCCUCUACGGACAACUCCAGCAUUACCUUGACAGAGCAUCUUCGCAACCAGCAGGUGGUCCUGGACAAUGUCCACUCGAUGCAUAAGACAUUAGACGAGAUGGAGAGCUACAAAGUAGAUUUACGCCUCCCACAGGAGAUAAAGGACGGUUUGGUGGUGUUCUCCAGAAUGAAAGUUCUCCUGCAGGUGCUGAAAGAGUUGGAGGAGCUCACUCAGCAACAAGUCAUUCUAUUCCAGGACAAGGUUUUGGAAGAGAAAACAAAAGAAGGUCAGGAUGUUGCCCUCAGCUCCAAACCUUGUGCAGAAGUAUCACACCUAGAUGGACCUCCACAAGGAUGCUUUGUACAGGAGGCUUUUGAGGACUCUAAUUCAGAGGAAGACGUAGACGAAGACGAGAGUUGUCACUCGUCAUCCUCUGACACACUAACAUGCAGUAUUCCUGAGGACCCAGAUGACACGCUGUACGCUUCAGAGAUGCAAAGCGACGACUCAACUCAAAUGAAUGCACCAGCUGACGUCAAGGACUUGGCCUCUGUAUGUGGGGAAUUUUGUUCUGAAAUGGAGACAAAUUUGGAAAGUGCUGAAAGACUCGGGCUUGAUUCCAAGAACAAUGAGCAAGAAAAUGCACAAAGUAGAUUAAUAACAGUGGAAUCCAGACUGGACACUGAAGCCGCUGGUGUAGUACUGAGACCCAAAGCUGUGUCACUGGACACCAAUGAAGGCCACUUGGCUAUUGUAAUCCCUGCACCUGACCAGUCCACGCCACCAGCAUGUGACACAUUUACCCAUGCUAACGAUUCACAGUUUGCACUGCAGAACAGAAAGCCUGUUGCUAUCUUUCCAGCCACAGGUCAACCCGUAGUUACACACCCAGCUCUGCAGCCAAGUGGAGUCAUCAUCAGGGAUUGUGAAGUGGAUCAAAAUGCCAAGAAACCUUCAGCAGUGUCUAUCAUAUUGGCCAAGCCUAACAAAGAUGAUACGGAGGAGCAAAAGUGGAACCAUCUUCACACCCAAAUCUCUCAGAAACUGCAAACCUUGGAAAAAGGUCAGGAGGAGCAUCAAACUCACCCAGUUGGGAUGGUUCCAGAAGGAGAGCUGCUGUUUACUGGUUCGACUUCUGCUGUUCUCCAUCAUGCAGAUGAGUCUGUCAGGAUGCUCAGUAAAAUAGUGACCUCGGCAGAUGAUCCAUGUGAUAAAGAGCAGUUAUACUUGGCUUCCCAACGGAUUCUUCUAUGUCUGGAUGCUUUAACAGACCUUCUGUUGACCCCUGGAGUUGCAGGGGAUGUAGAAGACAACCAGCUGAGGAUGUUACAACAGGAGUGUGUGUUGAUGGAGCUGCUGAAUCUGGCUGAAAUGCUGCAGGAUGUGGAGUCAAAAACCAGUCGUGAAGAACUAGAAAUUGUCAGAGGUUUAACAUCUCUUCAGAAAUGUCUACACGCUGGCCAGAUGGUCCUCAUGUCUGUCAACAAUCAAUCUAUAGAACACGUGGGUCUCCAAAGUCAACAUCAGGAGCUGUUCUCCCACCGGCUACUUUUUAUGGAGGAUAUUCAACUGGGGAAUAGUGAGAUUUUCCCAAGUGGAAUGGAAACUCCAGCUCUGGAGGUGCAGUGUGUGUUGGGCAGACAUGUGAAAGACAGUCCAGUAGAAAAGACCAUGAUACAGAAAGCAUCCCACUCCUUACUUCAUGGACUAAGUAGCCUCCUGGAUCUUGGUGAAGUAUGCCUAGCUGAGUGGCAGGCACGACCUGCUCAAAACAGCAGCCAACUGCAAGUUUGUCUCCUUAGAAACAAGAACUUCCAGCAGGUUGUUGGAGCUCAGCUGGCUUUUGUGCAACAUUUAUUCCACCGUGAGCUGUUAGCACUUGUGGGUCAAGAGGAUGAGCGAAUGCAGCUGGAAGUUCGAGCCAAAGAUUUGCAGCAGCAGUUGCUAGAGCAGCAAGUGACUUCUCAAUGGAGGCUCCAGAAGUGGAUCAGCUGGGAGGAUAAUUGCAGUCAGCUUGGGAAGCUGUUAGACGAGCUUGAUGUCUUCUUCACUUGUGCCGAAACAACAGAAGAAGAUGGGGAGGAGUCCUUUCUACAGCGACGGCUGCAUGCCUGCCAACAAACUCUGGUCCAGUUGGAUGGGAGCAGAGGCGCUCUGGGACUGCUCGUUGAUCAGAGACGUGAGCUGCAAGCAGAUCCAUUGAUUGCACACUCAGUCAUUCAGGCAGGUGGCGCUCUGGAGCUGCGUUGGCGAAGUGCACACAGACGCACGGAGCAGGAGGUUCAGCGCUGCAGCGACAUCCGGGACAGCUGGGUCAGAUUCCAGACAGACUUUGCCUAUGUUAGUAAAUGGUUGCUUGACGCCAACAAACAACUGAAGAUUUGGUCCAAUCUCACUGAUCCCUCCGAGUUGAACCAGGAGAGUGUUUGCAGGGGACUCUUCGAGCUGCUAGAUUUCUCCAUCUCUAUGGGGGCCAUGUCUAAUCACAAGGAAUCAGCCUCCACAGAAGCUGCUCGGCUGCUUCGUCUAAGGGAAACUGAAUGUCCCGGCCUGAGAACUCGUGUCACAAAGCUGGAGGUCACCUGGUGCAAGCUCACCUCUGACCUGACAAAUAUUCAAGACCAGCUGCAACAGAAGCUGCUCCUUAUGUGGCCACCUUUGAAGCUUCUGUCUCAUUUGGUGGACUGGCUCAAGAAGGUGGAGUUCCAACUGAACCAGCACAGAGAAGAGGUCCACCAGGACGAAGAUGCUGCCCAGAUCGCUACGACCCUGCAACACUACCAGGCAUUAAAAGCAUCUUUGGUCAAUGGGCAGCUUCUUCUGGAUUUCCUCUCCCAAACUGAGCCUCGUGUGGUGGGAGUGGAUGUUCAGGCUCUCUGUUCUGAGCGGACAAUGUAUGCAGAGCAGCUUGGUGCUCUCAGAGAACGGUGGCUUCGCCUGCAAGGGGCGCUGGAGAGCCAGAUUCAUGCAGAUGAAGUGCUUCAUCAUACUUGUGCGGCCAGAGAGAGACAGUUGCAGCAUCUUUGUCGCUCAGUGGAACAGCAGAAAAAGCAUCUGAGUCAGUGGAAACAGUCCACUAGUCAGAUUCGUAAGAUUCUGCAGGAGUGGGAGGUUGUUGUUGGAAGAGUAAAGGAGGUUGCUGCAGCUUUGCAGGGCCUGAAAGCCACACCUGUGCUUGCUGAAAAGGCUCAUCCAUGUGAUGUUGCGUUUUGGGAACGGGCUGAGACUGUCGGUCGUGCUUGUGAGGAUCUCAGUCAGCAGAUCCAAGCUUUGCGUCCAGUUUUGCAGCUCAUUGAGAAGGAAUGGACUUGUUGGGACCGAAAUAUGAGGGAGGUUUCUUUGCGCACCAGUAGCGUGCGCUCUGCCUUGCAGCUUCACAGAACACCUCUGUUUUCACUGAAGCAGACAGAAGAUCACAUAGAGCACAUUCAGCAACUCCAGGAGAGGGUUGGACAAGGGGAGGAGCUUUGGAAGGACGUCUACAAGUCAUUUCAGGGUCUUUUAAAAACUCUUGAUGGGAGAACAUCUCAGUCCCUUGGUGAUCGAAUGGAACAAGAGCGACAGCGGUGGGAAGAUGUAUUGGAGGAGCUGAAGGAUGAACACAAGAAAACUGAGCAGAACCUCACCCUCUGGCAGCAGUAUAAUCCCGCUUGGAAUACCUGCUCCCUUCAGCUGGAACACCUGCGGCAUCAGUUCUCCUCCUUUUCCCCUCAACAAGAACUACAGGUCACAGUCCUCUCAGUGGAGAAAUUGCAGGAUCUUGCAGAAGAACUGCAAAACAGUCUGGCGGAUGUGCUGACCUUAUCGAAGCCUCUCGCUGGAUGUCUCCAACCACUGCCCGCAAAUUUGCUCCAAUCAGAGAACAGACUGCUGUCGCUUGAGGUCCUCCUCCUGAACCAAGCAAUUGCAGCCAAAAAGAAAAGUCUGCAGGAAGAUGUAGACAACUACAAACACUUUCACACGCAGCUGGAAGCUCUUGAACAGCAGGAACAGACAAGACUGUAUAGAGAAGACUCCUGUAUAAAUGACAGAGACACUGUAAAGCAGGAGCUUCUAAAACUCAUUGAACUGCUUCCAUCACUGGUUGAUGUCAGCGAGAUGAGUGGCUAUGUGAGCCUCAGCAAGCAGGAGACGGAGACGCUGCACACGCUCAGCAACCAAUGGACCGACAAUGUGACUCACAUGUCUUUUGUAUACAGAACUCUGCAACGUGAUCGUCAGCAGUCCCAAGACUUUCACCAGAAGUGUAAGGAGCUGACAUCCAUCCUGGAGGAGCUAGAGUCAGAACCUCAAAGUGGCUUCAACCUCCAAGAGAUCAUCACUGUCCUCCAGAGGCGUCAGAUUGAAGUGAUUACUGGACAAGAGCUUCUCCAAAGUCUACUCCGCGAUGCAGUGAAGUCCAUGGAAAUGCCAAAAGGGGAGCAAAAACCUCAACUCAUGACACAAGUGGUCCAACUGAGGGAGAGGUGGUUUAGGUCUGUGUCGCUGGCAAGCCAGCACGGGGCUGCAACAAGAGAACAGAUCUACCAAUGCAGGGUCUAUAAACGUGGCAUGAAGCUUCUGCGGAAGACACUGAGGGCUGUUGACAACCUGCUGUCUCCUGCUCACCCUUCGGUCUUCACUUUACAGCAGCUUCAGAACCUUGCAGAUGGGUGCCAGUGUGUUGAAGACGCUGUGGGGCUUCACCAGUCCAAGUUCACAAAGAUUAUGGAGGCUGGCAAACGCUUGUGUGAGACCACAUUAGAAUCAGACAGCCUACAGUCUGAGAUCCAGACCGUAGAAGAGGCCUGGAAACGUACCAACUCACUGCUAGAGAAGAGGAGAGCCCUGGUUGGCGCCACUGUUCAGGACUGGUGCCGGUGUCAGGAUGGAAUAAGCAGCAUCAUGUCUGAGCUGGAUGAGCUGAGGAGCCACUUGAAUUGGCAGCUGGUUGCGAAGAUGGACAAGUCUGAGGAAGAGGAACUCAUUCAGAAGACGGACCUCUCUCUGCGCCAUCUAGACGGUGGAUUGAAGGACCUGGCCUCCAUGAAGACCGACCUGUCCCAGUACGUGGCGGCGGGUGACUCUGCUCUGCUGGAGCAGCAGCUGGAGCAACUCCAUGUCCAGUGGGAAGAACUGUGCACCAAGGUGUCCUUACGCAGACAGGAAGUUGCAGACCGUCUCAACGCCUGGACUAUUUUUAAUGACAAAAACAAGGAGUUCUGCGAUUGGCUCACCCAGUUGGAAAAGAAGGUGUGCCACAAUGCAGAUCUCAGCAUUGAAGAAAUGGUGGAGAAGCUGAAAAAGGAUUGCAUGGAGGAAAUCAAUUUGUUCAGUGAGAAUAAAAGCCACCUGAAGCAGCUGGGGGAGCAGCUUAUUUUAGCCAGCGACGAGGCCAAGCAGACCCAAGUGUGCGGCUCUCUCAAUGAAGUUAACCAGCGAUGGCACAACCUCUUCCAUCACAUCGAAGCCAGGGUGAGGAAGCUGAAGGAAACGUUAGUGACGGUGCAGCAGUUGGACAAAAACAUGAGUAACCUCCGAUCCUGGCUUUCCCGCAUUGAGGCCGAGCUGUCCAGGCCCAUCACCUACAGUGUGUGUCAUCACCAGGAGAUCCAGAGGAGACUGGCUGAGCAGCAGGAGCUGCAACGGGACAUCGAGCAGCACACAGAGGGCGUGGCGUCGGUGCUCAGCCUGUGCGACGUUUUGCUGGGGGACGAAGAUGCUGCCGGCGCCACAGAGGCGGAAAGCGACUCCCUGCAGGAGACCAGUCGGAGCCUGGACCAGCGCUGGAGGACCAUCUGUGCCAUGGCUCUGGACAGGAGGCUCAGAAUUGAGGAAACCUGGAGACUGUGGUGCAAGUUCCUAGAAGACUAUUCUCGGUUUGAGGAUUGGCUCAAGAUGGCUGAGCUCACUGCUGCCAACCCCAACUCAGGAGACGUCCUUUACUCGGUCGCAAAGGAGGAGCUGAAGAAAUUUGAGAGUUUUCAAAGGCAGGUCCAUGAGCGACUGACCCAGUUAGAACUAGUCAACAACCAAUACCGCCGCCUGGCCAGGGAGAAUCGCACGGAUCGUGCCAGCCAGCUCAGAGCUAUGGUCCAUGAAGGCAACCGACGCUGGGACAGUCUGCACCGGCGUGUGGCUGCCAUCCUCCGCAGGCUCAAGCAUUUCACCAGUCAGAGGGAAGAAUUUGAAGGCACCAGGGAGAGCAUGCUGGUGUGGCUCACGGAACUGGACUUGCAGCUGACUAAUGUGGAGCACUUUUCCGAGAGCGACGUCCAUCACAAGAUACAACAGCUUAGCAGUUUCCAGAAGGAGAUCACCAUCAACACCGAGCGCAUAGACGGGCUGAUCGUGUUUGGAGAAGGUCUGAUCCAGAGAAGCUCACCCCAGGAUGCUGCUCUGAUAGAGGACGAGCUGGAGGAGCUUCACUCUUACUGCCAGGAGGUUUUCGGCCGACUGGUCCGCUUCCAUCAGCAUCUCAGCCAACCUCCAACCAUCACUGAACCAGAGCUCCCUGGCUCCAGCUUUUCCCUGGAGUCCAGCUUGGAGCUGAUUUGUCGGCCGUGGCUCGGCCGGAGCCAAGGAAGCCUACCGAACACGCCCUCGCACCUGCUGGCCUCGCCCAUGGAGCAUUCCGGACGGGAGACACCAGUUAGCGUGGACUCGCUACCGCUGGAGUGGGACCACACCGGGGAUGUCGGAGGGUCAUCGUCCCAUGAGGAUGAUGAGGAGCAUGAGGGACACGAGGAAGACGGAGUUUACUUCAGUGCAUCGUCAGUAUCAUCCCGUUCAAUGGCUGCCUAUGAGAGUCCGAGAUGGGGGUCACCAGAAGGCGACACGGACGCAUGCGAUGACGAUGACGUGGCUUUACCCACCCUGACCAGCACCCCCCGAAAGCAGGGCUAUACGUCACAGUGCAGUGACAACACUGAAGACAUUAAAAGAGUUUCUCUGAUCCUGAAUGGCGAGGAGCAGCCAGAGAUUGGUCUGACUAGCUUUGCUGCCUCAGACCAACAGUCGGGUGUGAUUGAACGCUGGGAGCUGCUCCAGGCUCAAUCCAGGAACGAGCAACAAGAUAGUCUGCCGGAUCCACAAAAUGUCACAUCUGAGCUUGAUGACGUCAUUUCCUGGUUAGACAACAUUCAUCCGGAACUAGACCGCCUCCUGCAGUCGCCCCCGGGCAACACAAUGGUUGACAUGAUGGCCAGAGCUAAAGAGCUGAAGGAGUUGCAGAAGAUGUUUACGCACUACAAGCCCAUCAUGUUGUCUACCAACCUGCGGGCUCUGGAAGUCCCUGAGCAGCAGGAGAGGCUGGCUGGUCUGAAUCGAGCCUGGAGUCGAGCUUCUGCAAUUCUUCAGCAGUGGGACGCCAGCCUGAGGCGGACUCUCAUGCGCUGCCAGGAGUUCCAUGAGAGCCUCCACUCUCUGCUGCUGUGGUUGGCCCACGCCGACAAGAAACGCCACGCGGUGGACAUCAGGCAUCCAGAAACACCUGUGCAAGCUCUCAAACAGCACCGGCACACCCUCACUGUACUGCAGAAGGAGCUGCUGGAGAGGCAGACUCAGCAGGCCUCCCUCCAGGCUCUGUGGUCUCAGCUCCAGCCGGAGGAAGGGGUGGAGGGAAGUGACGAGGCCCAGGAGAAGCUCCACGUGACGGGCACCAAACUGAAGUUGCUCCUGAAGGACGUGUCCCAGGACCUGAGCGUCCUUGAACAAGAACGUCUGGAUCGGGACACUAAUGAAGGUCAAAACAUUCCUCCAGAUUCUUCUCAGGAGGUCACACACCGAAAAAAAUCCACCAAAAGGAGAGACCCGUCUCCACCGCUGUCCUUCUUCCACCGGGUGCUAAGAGCCGCCAUCCCCUUUCACCUCCUCCUGCUGCUCCUGCUUCUCCUCCCCUGUUUGGUGCCUCAGUCGGAGAGAGACUCGAGCUGCUCCGAGGCCAACAACUUCGCCCGGUCUUUUCACCCUAUGUUGCGCUACACAAACGGACCGCCGCCCACCUGAGGGAGGAAGAGGAAGACUCUUGACGUUUUCCUCAAGUGCUGGUUUUCUCACCCAAAAUAUCCAAAGCGUAGAAUAAUUCUAUUGAUGUGUGUAUUUAUUAUAUAAAGACACAUUUAAUUUGACGACUUAGCAAGUCCUGCUGUGCUCAUAUACAAAAGUAUUGGGACACUUGGUCAUUGUACCCACACAGGAGAAAACAAAUUCACUACUCACAAAAAGUUCGGGAUAUUCGGCUUUCGGGUGAAAUUUCAGGAUGAACCUAAACUUCUGAAUGCACAUGUCCAACUGUUUAAUGUUUCUCCACUUUUUGCACAACUUAUUGUUCCCGAACAAGGAGCUCAACAGGUGUGUGAUCCGUGGGUGGACCUGGUUCAGUUAGAAGUGGUAGAUGUUCUCUUCUCAGAGGGAAGCGGCCACUGAGCUUCGAGUUGUGCUAAAAAAUACUAAAACACUGAUCAGUUGGACAUGUGUAUUAGAAAGUUUAGAGAAGUUCACCUGUAAAGGUCGGAGUGCAUCUUGGGUUCAGCCUGAAAUCUGACCCGAUAGCCCAAUAAUCCCUAACGCUUUGUGAGUAGUGUAAUGGAAAUAUUUCCCUCUGAGGUGUCUCUGCUUCAUAUAGUAUAAAGUCAUAUCAAGUCAUGUUUGUAUUUUGUAAAUAGUUCAUGUUUUCUAUGCCAAUGAUUUUUGUAUGUGUACAUUAUUAUAUUUCCAUCAUAAAUGGAACAUGCACUGCCAAACACACUGUAGAUGUAGCACCAUUUCAUAUCAUGUACAGAACUGAAUAAUAUAAUAAUUUAUAACCACUCCUGACACCUUUUGGUGGUUUUAUUGGGCCUGCUACCUGCUGCUAACCUCUGGACAAGCGUUUGAGACGAACUUGUUGGCUUUUGGGGCAUGCCUUUCAAACUACAGUGGAACCACGGUUUUUUGUUAUUAACAAAACCAAGGCAAUUUUUCCCCAUUUAAAUAAUGUAAAACCAAUUAAUCCGAUGCAGAUCCCCAAAUAUAUGAACAAAAUAUACAUUUUAUGAAGAAAAAAUAUAGUUUUACAUGCAGAAAACAAUGGUAAAUAAUUAUAUAUGACACAUGCAUGGAAGUUAUUAUGUACUUCCCGUUCAUGCUGGUGAGAUGAAAUUUAAUAAUAUUUCCCACUUUCUUCAUGAAAUUGCUGGCACGUACAACUUUCUUUGGCCCCAUGGCGGGUUAUUUAGCUGUCACUCUCAAUUAAAAAAAAGCAGUGAAUCAGCAACUGAAAGAAAAAAAAUGGUAAUCAUAAUUAUGAGGGGAAAAAAGUCAAAAUUAAGAGCUAAAAAGUGGAAAUUGUGAGAUAAACGGUAACAAUUCUGAGAUACAAACUGCCAUUUGCUGAGUGAGUGCCAUGUGAUGACGGCUCCUAUGCAGAUGCAACUUAUCUCAUAAUUUUGACUUUUUAUCUCAUAAUUAUGACUUUGUAUCUCAUAUUUAUGAUUUACGAUUGGGAUUUUUUUCUUUCAGUUGCAGAAACGGGUUUCCAUAGCAACGCGUAGGGUGUUUUGUUCUGGCACUCGAUUUUGUAGAUUGCAGCCGCAACGACCCUUUCUUGCAAACAGUGUCAUACCCUAACGACACGUCUUGGGCAGUGUCGUCCUCCCUCUUUCAGCAACCAUGUCUGCCGUGUGGAACCUAACUGCUAACACAUGUCACGAAAACUAUCAUGUGGAGGCAAAAAGCUAUAAUACGGCAUUUGAAGAACAACACUUGACGGAGUAUGGUGAGUUUUGGAGGCUCACGGAAGCUCACAUCAAACGACAGCUUAGCCAUGUGGCUAACACUCACCGGUAUGUGUGUGACAGAAGGCUAAGCUAAAAACCUGAAAAAUAAUUGAAUUAAUUGGACCAGAGCAGCCGUUCUCAGCGGUGGAAGCUCGCCAAAGUCUGCUUUAAAAAGGCGUCUCGUCCUCUGAAGGUUUCACGAGUUGUUUUCAAAAAGUAAAUAAAAUAUGUUUUGUAUAAAUUACAUUAUUUUAUAGUUCCUUUUUUCAUAUCAUAUAGCCAACAGUGGCUUAAACUACUGGGUGGCCGUAGCACCCUUGGUCACUCUCCAGCCACCCCCACGGCUUGUGGUGCAGAACAAUAGUUCAGCCAGACCGCUGUUUCCACAAGGACGCAUUUCACUGCAGCACACAACUUUCCGUGUGGAGGAUCAAGUGACGCAAGUGGUAGGUAAGUUUUCCAUGAUUACUUCAGUUGGUUCCGGUCAGGUUUUCUCACUAUCUUGACUUUAACUUAAAUUCUAAAGCGUGAUUCAGCACAUAAAUCUGUUAAUAAUGGAAGCUCUCUGUGGCAGCAUGAGUGGGCGUGCAAACCAAUGAGUCGAUCGGCAUCAACUUCCGUGCAUGUCCUUGGCACACUGCUCAGCUAUUAGUUGCUCUAAAGGACGGUCCAAAAGCAGUGGCGGAGCUACCCCUGGUCACUCUCCGGCCACCCCACUGGCCAUCUAGACAAUUCAGGUAUCAACUUUUUGCCACCCGUAUGUGAGUAAUGGUCUCACCUUGGCCACCCCAAUGAACACUUUCUGGCUCCGCCACUGCAGGGGUGCAGCCAGGAAUUCUUCUCCCCCUUCUCCCCCCCUUUAUUAAUUAAUGGCUAAUGUCAUUAGUACCUAUUGUUUGGCCCCCUGGCAGUCAAUGGACCUUGGAGUUGUCCUGACGUCUCCCCUUUAUACGGCACCCCCGGCCAAUAGCACUCAUAAAUAAAGUGAAAAAUUAAUCCAUGUGAUCAGUAUCGGCUGAUUUCAGUCCUGGACGAUUGGAAUCGGCAGCAUAAAACCCUCAUCGGCGCAGCCCCAGCUAAUAUGAGUGUAAAGGUGACUUUAGGUGUGUUAUUUCCUGUCAAGGAUGUUGUUGUUAAAAUGUUAAAAUCUGCAUUUAGAAGGUUGUAAACAGUUUUUUAUGCUCCAACUAUGAAAAUAUUCCAUAUAUAAGUAAAGAAUCAUACCUUGUGGAAAUUCACUUAUCACGGUCGAGUGUGGGACCAAUUAACUGCACAAAACGAGGGAUGACUGUACGUACUUCCUGUCAUAUAAAGAAUCAUUGAGUAGCUUUGUUUUAUGACUAAUGAUACAGUAUUUAGAUACUAUAACAUCAUAAACUAAGCAAAGAAUCAUAUGUAACUGAAUCCAUGGUAUCAUUGCAACCAUUUUUCAGCAGGAAAAAAUGUGAAAACACGUUUUUUUUCCCCCCCAAUUCCACAAUCAUGUAUUUAUUUGGGUGUACCGUGUUCAUUUAAAAACACAUCCAUGUUGACAUUUACAAGAAACAUGAAAAAGCAUCACUAGUGUCUGUGUAACAAUGCCGCUUUGUUUAUGACAAAUACGCAAAUCACAGUGAAGAGAACUGCUUCCCGGGUAUUGGUACUUAGAAAGUCUUUUUGCAAGAUGAUUAUCACUCCGCCCAGCAGUCUUCAAAUGUUACUAAGUAAACGCCAGAUAUGAAGCAGUCGUGUUAAAACAGUACAAAGCUGUACAAAUGUUCAACCUUGAUUUCUUUUUUUUUUCUCCCCACAGAACAUUCAGUGAAAGUUACAUUUUAACAAUACGCACAAUAGCACUCACUAGCUGCAAGGCGAUACAAAAAUAGGAUGUUUUUCUCUUCUUCCAAAUUAGAUAUUCAACAAGUAAGUGCAACUUUGUCUUAAAGAGCAGCAGUGGUUACAAACUUGACAAAAAAAAAACAACAAGAAAAACAGCCACAAUCGGAUGAAACAGUACAGCGAGACAGGGGUGUCCAAAGUGCGGCCCGGGGGCCAGUUUUUUCUAAAAAUAUAAUUUAACAAGAAAACUUAAAAAAUAAAAUAAAAAACAACAAUUCAGCAGUAAUUUUACAGGAAUAAAUCAUAAUAUUAGGAGAAAAAAAACUUGUCAUCUAAGCGGAAAAAGUAUUUUACGAGAAAGUAAUUUAUGAGAAUAACAUUGUAACAUUACGAGGAAAAAUAAAAUCAUUUUAGUUACAUAAAGUUGAAAUAUUAAAGAAUUAAAGCAAGUAUUUUAAAGUCGGAAUAUUAUGAGAAACAAAACAAAGAAUAAUGUUGUGAUUUUUUAGAAAAUUAAGUUGCGGAAAAGUUCUAUUAUUAUGGGAAUAAAGUGAAAUGAUUAUGAGAGCAGCCAUCGAUCCAUCUUCCAUGCCGCUUAUCCUACUAGGGUCACGGGCUGGAGCCUAUCCCAGCUGACUUCGGGCGAGAGGCGGCGUACACCCUGGACUGGUCGCCAGGUAAUGGCUGAUAUUAUGGGAAGAAAGAAAUAAUGUUACAAAAAAGAAAUAAUAAAUUUUACGACGAUUUUUUUCAGAAGUAGGGUGAAAUAUUUUGAAAAUGUAAAGAAAAAAAAAAAAACAGCAAAAAAAGCGAAGUUGACAGGAACGAUAGGCUCUUUCACCGAUAUCGCAAAGCUGAGAUGCAGUUUUUUUCUUGAACUAUAUCUAACUUCUUAGCAUAGCUACAUGUGUUGCUUUCCAAAAUAUCAACGUGGCCCUUGCGUCCUAUCAUUUCUCUCGCUGGAAAAAGUUUGGACACCCCUGUGCUAGGUGCAAUAAGGGUUGUAAAGUGCCCUCUAGUGGUGGCAUUGCAGUCAUGCUGUGAUGUCAAGUCGUCGUUGGCAGCGACAGAUUACACUUUCUGAUUAAAAUAUGAUUGUGAUCAGUUUAAUCGUGGACUCCUCCAAAAACCAGCCGAUAGAACGCAAUCAUAUCAAGUAUGGCGCUGUAGCCCAGCCUGCUCUAUUAUAUUGUAUGCUGUACUAUUAAGUCUACCAUUAAUCAGGUAAGAACACAACAGAACUGAGUCAUUGAACCAAAUAUAAGACGGUAUUUUUGUUCUCUGGAAAAGAGAACUGAAAAAGGCGCACCAUCUUCUCUUCCGCAGCUACACAUUUGAAAGUCAACAAGGUGGUGCCACAACUGAAUCAGAGCCUUUCUUCCUGUCACUCACACGCACAUUCAUUCUCUCAAAAGAUUGGGCAAGUUCGCAAACACAGGAGGAGUUAUGAUGCCAAUUUUCAAAUAUUCCAAAUGAAAUAUGAUUGACAAAAACAGAUUUUGAAACGAGAUGCCGUCUUAUAUUGGGGUCAGUACGAUAGUUUGUACCUACAAAGCCACCAGUGUUGCCCUGUGCGGGCCAGUUAGGGUGAAAAUGCAGGUUUAAGGCACGUUCAAUACUGGCGAUACAGGUUGCGAGCCUACGUGCACACUUCUUCCCGGAUGCUGCCCUUUAUCGAUUAGUAAUGUCUGCCAUUUUAACCACAUAAACUUGAUGUUGAUGUUCAUCAUGUUGGCUGGGUCUCUGGAUGAAGGCACACAAUUCAAUACAGUAAAUGCUCCAAUUAAAGCGGGUCUGUGGCUGGAGGCAACCUCCCGAUGUCGUGUUUUAUUUUUUAUUUUUAAUGAACUUCACAAAAUGUCAGUAGCUGCAUUUGAAGUAUCAUGAGUCCUCAGCAUCCAGCAGCUUUAUCUACGUCCGCAUUUAAAAAAAAUUAAAAUCUCUGCAAUUAUCGCCUACUUGCGAUGGACGCCGCCCUUUUUGAGGCUAUAAUUCAGGGGUGUCCAAACUUUUUCUACACGCACAUUAUUAGACUGAAUUAACUUUAUUUCCUUAUGUUUGUUGCUUGUUUGCUCUAUUUUUUGCUGGUUUAAUGAAUUUAUUUAUUUUAACAAAUAUUUAAACUUUCUUUUCAUACAUUUUUUCCUCUUAAUAUGUCUUUGUUGUCAUAAUAUUUUGACCUUAAUAUUGUAAUAUUAUAACUUUUACCCAACCAAACAUCUUAACAUUGCAACUUUACUCCUUGUUUUGCUUGUUUCUAAUAAUAUUGCGACUGUUAAAAAUUCUAUACAUUU